UACUACGAAAAAUGGAUCUCAAUAGACAAUACAUUGAAAUGGGUGAAGAUGAAUGUCAAACCAUGAGUGCUGAAGAUGGAUUUAAGAUGCACUUGAUUCGAUGCUUGAAAUUGAUGGGUAAAACACUCAGUGAAAUCGAUUCAAAAUUAAAACUUGUUGAAGAAAUAUACCAGGCACUUAACAUACCGUUACCUGACAAUCCAUAUCGUCCAAAUCAAUGGAAAAUCAUUCUACAGGUUCAAAUAAUUCGAAAAUAUAUAGGUCGCAUUGAUCAAAUGUCCACUGGGCCUUAUCCACUGGAAUUAUUUCAAAGGCUUUAUCGUGAUUUCUUACUGCUUACCACUCCGAUCAUAAAAGAGGUGCUAAUGUACUUGACAAAGUUUUAUCAGUUUGAUACAAUGUCUGAAGAUUCAGAUAUAGAGUAUAUGAAAUAUCAUAUGUUGAACUUUGUAUUUGUAUACACGAUGGCUCUGAUAAAAGCAUUGAUGAAAUCAGAUGAAGAACAGUUUGGGAGCUCUUUCGAAAACGUUAAAUUCUUAGUUUCAUUCAACGUUAAUACUCAUCAUGCAUAUAUCAGAAGACACCUUCCAACUUUGAAACAUGAUAUGAAACGAAUUCAAUAUCGAAUAAGUAUGUUCCAUUCAUUCGUAGAGCCUAUCUAUUUUAUUGAUACCGGACCUAAUAUCUUGCAUAUAUAUCCCAUUUUACCUACAGACCAAAAAUUGAAGACAAUACUUAAAGAAAAGGAACUUCAAUAUAAGCAAUUAGACUUGAAUGGAUUGAAAGAGCAUCUUGCGAUCUUUCAAACCGCAAUAACUGUCUUGGUAUUACAAACUCAACCUAGGGUGACACCACAUAUAAUUUCAAUCAGACACUUGACAACCGAAUUGGAUCAGUACACGGAGUAUAACGCGGGAGUACGACCAGUUAUUGAAGAGUUUUUCCGUUCCAUGUUCAUACCCCUGCAUGAUAUGGAUAUUGAUACUUAUAGAAUCUUAAUGUUUUUCAUUGAGUGGUUUAUCAUGGAAGAUGCCGUUGAUGACUUAAUGCUUUCAAAUGACAUAUACAGAUAUUAUCGUGAUAUAUAUCGAAUUCUCUUCCCCAGGUCAGGACCUGAAAAUGAGGAAAAAGACAAUCUUAUCAGAAAUAAGUUUAUAGCUGACUACCUUUAAUAGACAUUAAUAGUUAACUUCAAAAUAGGAACUAAUCGCUAAG